AUGGAAUCACUAAACGCUUCCCCAAUGUCGACGACUCCUUUCACAUCUGAUGCCAACGGCUCAUGCUUUACUCAGCCCCGAAAUGAUAGAAUCCAAGAGCAGUAUCAGUCUCUCCAAGGCCAGUCUGCUUCUCACGAGCAUCAUAACAAAAAUCGACCAAGUUCUCAAAGUCCGCUAGACCAACGUUUACACCAAAACAUGUCUCAGACUAGCCUUCGGCAGACGAAUAUUGGUAGCCACCGUUUAGUGGAAUGCGUCCGUCGGACUUGGGGACCCUCUGAAGCAAGAGCCGCCCAGGCUGCUGUUGCACGCAGCUUGUAUGGCCGACUUGUUUUCUGGUUAUUGUCUAGAAUGAACGAAAGUUUGAUGCCUCCUGAAGAACAGAUGGCCUGGCAAAAGUGUCAGGCUGCAGUCGCCGCGAUGGAAGCGAGUGCAUCUUCAAAUAUGGCAACCAAGUUAGUACAAUUAACAGUCGAUUGCAAGUUCAUUAUGCUAUAG